CCUAGCUUAGCAAAGACGCUCUUCCCCUACCAUACCUGACUCAACCUGUGAAAGCCUUCGACUUAGGUAAUCCAGUAAAAGAACUUCUCAAAAUCAAUUUGUAAUCCGAACACUAAUUCACCCUACCGCCAAAUAAAUAACAGCAAAUCCGAUAACUUAAGGAAUUUCUAUCACAAAGAACCUCGAAAGCCUAGAUUGUUUAGUUGCCCCCUCGCCCUUACCUGCACCCAUUUUGCCCCGCGGAUAAGGUACUUAACAUUAUUACCUCUUGAGUUCAUUGAGUUCACCGACACAACAAUCCUUCCGCAACAAUCCUCGACUAGGAGGCGCAUCGGGCGCAUAGAACCUCCAUCAUGUCUCCCUCAAUCGUCACAAUCGAUAACACAUCGGACUUCGAUGUAUUCGGCUCAACCCCGACCCAAAAUGGCUCCUCAGGCCCCCGAACCCUACUCCUUGCCCCUCCGUCUAUUGCCAGUCAUGAGGAGAAGUUACGAAACGUCUUAGCCGCCCACGACCGGUCUGUUACCGACUUGCAGAUGCUUGACCGUCUUUCUGCCGGUCUUGUUAACCUUCCCGACGCAACCUAUGACCUAAUCUUGGUCCUCACAGACGCCGAUGGCACGCGUGCUGAAUCAAGACUCCUUCUCAAUCGCGAUGUUUUCGCUAAGAUCGUACCAACACUCAAAAUUGGAGGAAAGAUCCAAGCGCAAGACGGCUCCCUAGCACAGAAUAGUCAGGGACCUGAUGCGCGAGAGGCCCUCCUAUCCGGCUUGCUGCCUGGCGACGACGGAUUCUCAAAGCCAGAUGAUGGCGCUGCUAGUGCAGUUCCUCUUAAACUGGGACUAGGCAAGAACAAGAAGAGAAGUGCCGCCGGCCCUGCAGUAAAGAAUGUUACUGUUCACCAAGCCAACGGGAAGGAUGCAAGGCUUAACAUGGUGCCUCCCACUGUGAAGUCAACCCCUGCAGGUGUUGGUUUUGUGGACCUUAGCUAUGACUUUGACGCUCCUGAGGACGAUGACGAGCUAAUCGACGAGGAUACCUUGUUGACAGAGGAAGACUUGAAUAAACCCUUGGCUAUUCCUGCGGAAUGCGUACCGAAGGUCGGCAAGCGAAGACGUGCUUGCAAGGAUUGCACAUGUGGUCUGGCUCAGAAGCUGGAGGCCGAAGAUGCAGCAAGAAGGAAGCAAGCCGACGAGAAACUUCAGGCUCUGAAGCUUGACUCCAACGAUCUAACCGAAGUGGACUUCACCGUAAAGGGCAAGGUCGGAUCCUGCGGAAACUGCUCACUAGGCGAUGCUUUCCGAUGUGAUGGAUGCCCCUAUAUAGGAUUGCCGGCAUUCAAGCCAGGAGAGGAAGUCCGACUACUUAACAACGUUGUUCAACUAUGAUAGUAUUGUGAGCGCUGCAGCCAUUUCCGGCUCAGUCACUUGGUUCAUAGGACAUACCGACAAGCUAUAUCACGAUAUCGACUUAAUGAAGCAUACUGCCUUAAGCAUUGCAGGCCGCAUGAAUCUUGGCCGCGUUAUAUCCGAGGGAAACGGGGUUUGGGGGGACUAAAAACACGGUUUUAUACAAGGCAUGAUCAAUAUCAUGACAAAGCAUGAUACAUCCACAAAGAUGAUGAUACAUAGAUUUAUAGAUGAAUUUGGCAGCUCGUUUGCGUUUUAGCCUCAACCUUCCGAAUAGCUUAGCUAGGAUUUCUCGGAAAUCCUUUACCACAUGUGACUCUUAGAUUCCUUCGAAUCUUAAGAAUAUACAAGGAUCCCGAAGA